GCUGACUUUACGCCGGCAGGAAAAUCACCCAGCAAUGGAAACCGCUAAAUACCGCUAACACACUAUUUGUUAUCUGACAUGCUGACUGUCCGACUUUGCGUUAUCUUUAUAGUUAUUAACUUGGCUUACAAUAGCAGCUAGCUAACACGCUAACAGGAAACACUUUGGGUCCAGAGCCAACACUGACGUUACGACACCGUCACUGCAUCUGCACAUUAACGGUCCGGUUCACUUCAGCUGACGUCCACAGGUUCGUGAGGAUCUGUCCCCAGUCACCUCACCUGAUCUGACACUUCAUCACUUCUACUGAUCCUCUGAUCUGCCAGCAUGGCGAACGCAGACUCUGUCAGUGUACGAGUUUUCUCUCUGAACUGCUGGGGAAUCCGUUAUCUAAGCAAACACUGUCCUCAGCGCUAUGCCAUGAUAGGGGAAAUGUUGUGUAGAGAAGAGCAUGAUCUUGUCUUACUGCAAGAGGUGUGGAGUGAGAGAGACUAUCUUUACUUGAAAAAGAAACUUGCCUGUAGUCAUCCCCACUCUCAUUACUUCAAAAGCGGAGUCAUCGGCAGUGGACUGGCCAUUUUCUCCAAAUACAGAAUCCAUGACACAUUUGUUUAUCGCUACUCACUGAAUGGUUAUCCUUACAUGGCUCACCAUGGAGACUGGUUUGGAGGCAAAGCUGUUGGGAUGGCCAUCUUGAAUAUUGGCAGCCUGACUGCAAACAUCUACGUCACUCAUCUGCACGCAGAGUACUGCAGAGAGAAGGACUCUUAUCUACCUCACAGAGUGGUGCAGGCCUGGGAGCUGCAGCAGUUCAUCCGCCACACCUCUGCUGGAGCAGAUGUGAUCCUUCUCGGUGGGGACCUCAACAUGCACCCUCAGGACCUCGGCAACAGACUACUGAGGUCUUACACUGGACUGCAAGACUCUUAUUUAGAAACUGCUAAAUUUGAUGGAUGUGAGAAUGGCAUGACUCUAAUAGCAGACAACCCUUUCAUCAGUAAAAAGGAGCUCGGCCCUUUCGAGAAGGGAAUCCGAAUUGACUACAUCCUGUUCAAGAGUUCUUCCAAAGCCGACAUUUAUUGUGAUUCCAUGUCCACCACCAAAGGCUCCGUUCUUGACCAUCCUUUCCCGUACUCUGACCACGAGGCUCUCACUGCUGAACUAAGGCUGGAGUAUUGCAUUCCAGCUCAGACUGGAAGUGACAGACAAUCAAAGAAUCAAGAUGCAGCUGCAGGGAAGCUGGCUGAGUUAGUUGACAUUGUUACAGAGGCCCGAACAGAAGUCAAGGUGGGUUUGCACUGCGCCGAGAGGAUGCGAUACACAGCAGCACGCACCGGAGUGAUGGGGUUGGCUCUGCUGUUCCUGGAGCUGGCCAUCGCAGCAGUGCCCUGGUUGGCUCUGGGAGCAGAGCAGCCUUUCCCUCGCACCUCCUUCUACCUGCUGGCUGCACUGUGCUUCGCCAUCCUGCUGACUACCUCUCUGCUGUACAUCUUUUAUACCAUGGAGCUGAAGUCUCUGCAGGGGGCUGAAGACCAAAUGAGGCUGGCUGUUGGUAGUCUGCAAGAGAAGCUCAGGGGUUUUCCUCUGGCUCAGCCUCACAAUCCCCCGCGGAGGCCCCCAGAGGGUCAGGAGCCCAGUGCUUUUGACCCAGAGGAAUAAUACGGCAGCCAAGUAGGUCAAAGGGUUCUCACAGAAAGAAGCCUUUGAAGUCAGCUUUAAGAUGGACAUUUUAGGAGUCUGCUCCUCUGAAUGUGUUAUAAGCUCUUAAGAUUUAGAUUUAUACUGCAGAAUAAAGAACUAUGACUGAAGGACAUUUCUGAAAGUAGUGCAGGACACAUGCUUUGACAUUUUAUACUUUUUAUAUAGUCAUCUGUAGGCUUUUAUUACCCCCAAGAUUUCACUCUAUGCACCUGAACAAAAAAAUGCUUCCUAUUUCGCAGAGAGGUACUUGUCUGUUACUGCUGUGCUUAAAGGUUGUAAAAAGAGACCAUUUGUGUUUUUGAGCCUCAGGUCCGACUUGCAUUCCACCCACCAGUAGUGUCAUCGGGACCAGUUGUUUCUAUUUAUAAUUUUAAGCUCCCCUUUUGGGAUUUAGAGAAUCCACAACACAGACAUUGUGGGUUCCGUUUGUGUUUGUCAAUUUAGUUGAUGUGCUUAAAUACUUCUGAACAGUAGCCCUGUGGUCUCCACUACACAGAAGACACAGACACUCCGACGAUUGAAGGUUUAUGUUUUGGUCAGUAACUUUUUCCUUUUUUUCUCUGGAGGAUAGAUUACUGAAUGCCUCCAGUUGUACUGUAAGAUAAGGAUCCUCAUGCACUGUUUAAGACUUUUUUAGUGUAGUCGACUGUAGGAAAAGGGACAACAGCUAUCUGCAUGUCUCUGUUCACAUGACUAAUAUUUUCCACUUGAAUCUGUUUAUUAUUUUUUUUUAUGUUAAAGAUAACCUACUCUUCUCUCUCCCAUGUCUGAAGGUAUGAAACACAUCUUGGAUACACUAAAAAUGUACUGCUCUUAACUUUGAUCUAAUCUGAUCACAUGAAUCACUUUUGCAAAGCAUCAAGUAUUAAGUAAUAUUUAAAAAAGCUUAAUUUAUCUUUAGUCUGCAGUGCACUUCGCUGAUUAACCAGAUAAAUCACUUCCUUGUAUGUAUCCUAGGAGAUUACAUAUUGAUUUGUUUUGCUGUAAAACCAUGUUGUGACUCAACAUGAACCUAACAAUGACUGAAUUUCAUGAUUCAUGACCUUAGUGCUGAAAAAGUUCUUUGUAGUUCAUUUCAUUAAGGUAUAUUGAAUUUCAGAUGGUACCUGAUGUUCUUUCCAUCUGACAGCUGUAAUGGGCAUGAUCACAAAAGCAAUAAUAAAGACUUUAAUAUGCUUGCUUCUGGAA